AUGGAUGCCCUGGACGUUCUGCAACAAGUCCACCCGUUUGUUGGGGUGGCUAUACUCGCUUUCAAGGCCGUCAUCAAUCUUGAGCUAACACGAAGAGAGAACGAUCGUAGAGUUGGGUUGAUGAUCGCUCAGGCAUCUGAUAUGAUGGACAUGCUUCUCCAACUUAAGGACACCAGAGACCCUGCCAUCGUGGGACCUAAUGGUGAGAUUCGGGGGCGUCUGGAACGUAUCACGGACGCCAUGAAAAAAGAUAUCGAGGAUUGUGGAAAUGCCAUUGACAAGUAUUACAAGUCAAAAUUCAUAGUGAAAUUCUUCAGAUCAUCCCAUUGGGCGAGCGAAUUCCUGAAAAUUUGUAAAAGCUUUUUCGCGCGCACGCAGGACCUUCAGUUCGCCUUAAAUAUUAGGACGACGUUGAGAGUUGACAUUGCGAUCGAUAAGUUGGAGAAGCUGAUCCAGAGGCCAACCGAACGGGAAGCGAGAUUCGAGAAAGAAGUGCAAAUGCGCGAUGGGAGGGAGAAAUGUUUGGAAAGCGAAGACAAAUUAGCAGAGCUACUGAAAUUUGCCGAGAAACGGGAAGCACGUCCACAGAAUAAAGCGCGUGCUAAUCCUCUCUCCAAAGAUGUUCAGCCUACCUCCAAGACCACUUCGGCGAGUGGGUUGGUCGUCGAGCAGUACCGCCUUGAUGCCUCGCUACUUCACGAACUGCGUGCUCCUUUACGCAGCUUACUCGACGAGAACCGCGCGCUCUUCAUGUUCAAGCUCGACACACAGACAUCUGACAUUAAAGACGCUAUCAAGGAUUCCGAAGCGCGCAUCAUGUGUGCUUUCAACAGCAGAUUCCGACGGGUCAAGGAUCCAAAAUGGUCAACAAGUGUCAAGACGCUAUACUUUAUCGCAGAACUCUAUGACUAUUACGUCGAUCGUUUUGCCCGCAUCCGUCAUGAUGCUCCACCCGCACAAGCGAUAUCAGGUGGUUCAUCUUUGGUGUUGCGCGUCCCAUCCCCAACCCCUACUGUCUCAGUCACCUCUGAUUCAGAAGGAGAAGACCACGAGCUUCCUAUAGUCAAUCUUGCAGACAAGUGGUGCUUGAAAUACUUGACCGCUUUUUACGUUCCAAGUUUAUCCGAAGGCUUCGAUGGCGAUGCAAAUGGUUUGGUCAGCAUAAGGGAAGUGAAUGCCUUCACUUCCACGAUCCCUUCAGGUUGGAGUCUUCCACAAGCACUCGCAUACUGGGCUGCAGGUUGGAGAGUGGAUAGCCAAUAUUACCACACACGAAUUGAACAGAUCUUGGACAGCAUGGUUUAUGUGCAAGCAGACGCACUUCCAGAAAACAGUGGGUGUAUCGCGACAUACUUGAAUUCAUAUGCGAUCGAUGGUAUCAAACGGCUAGUCCGUUCUCUUACAGAGCCUGGAUCAGAGGAUUUGGACUCAGAUCUCACGCAAUUGACUGCUCGGCGUCGUACAGCUCAGGAGGAGAUCUUGGCGGAUAAACUUGACAUUGUGAAGUAUGAAAUAGACUCCAUGGAUUCCAUCAAACUUUUCGGAUCUGGACGCAUUGAAAAUUUCUUGCUGCCUUUACUUUACCUCGUCAUCAGGAGGCAUUUACACAUCAUGAGACUCGCCAACACAGUAAUUCUAGUAGAGAGAGAACUUGAGUCUGCAACUCAAACGAUAGAAAAUAUCCUGCAAGGAGUGUCUCUGCGUGUGGAGCAACUGGCAGGUGCGCUUUAAGCUGUGUCGCGAUUAUCUAUUUUCUUCCACCAUUUCAGCAUCCUUCCGUCAACAGGGG